AUGCAACUAGCGUUUCUGGACUUUGAAGCCGCGUUCGACUCUCCUCACCGAGGCCGUCUUCUCAACGCGCUUCGCUCCGAUGGAGUACCAGGAAAGUUCGUUCGCUUGCUUGAUGACAUGAAUCAACGAACAACUGCUGCAGUUCGAACACCAGCCGGAUGUACAACACCGGUUGAAGUGGAAACAGUCAACCAGUGUCCUGCCGACAUUGUCUUAGCACCAUCAGGGUGCCCCUUGACUGACCUCGAGUACGCCGACGAUGUUGUUAUAUUCGCGGAAAGCAGUACGAAACUUCAACAUGUUGUCAACCUUGUAUCGAAGCUGGCUGCAGCCUAUGGACUACGCCUACGCCCUGAUAAAUGCAAGCAGAUGUGGACCUCUUCGAAACCUCGAACGGGAAUCAGGGUGGACGGACAACCGACAGAACUCGUCGAUGAGUUAUGUUACCUGGGCUGUAUGCUGAAGAACAACGGCAGCUACAAGAGAAAUGUUCAGCAAAGAUGCGCUAAGGCCACUUCUGCAUUUAACUCCUUAACAAAAUGUCUGUGGUCGACCCCCAUCACCAACGAAGUCAAGCUGCGAGUCUACCUAUCCGCAAUUCGCUCCAUCAUGAUGUACGGAUCGGAGACUUGGGUAGCACCAUCAAGGGUUAUGGAGAAGCUUGACUGCACGGAACGAAAGCUGCUUAGACGGCUAAUUGGCUACUUUCGGCCUAGGGUAUGUCACAAUGAGGAUCUUUACGUAGAAAUUGAUGUGGUAUACCGGCGGAUGACACGUGGAAGACACCAACAUCUUGCACCGCCAUCGAAAGUGGCUAAAGUAAAUCGUCUUCGCUUCUUUGGUCAUAUAUUAAGGAGACCAGCAGAUCGCCUUGUCCAACGAGUUCUGAAGAGUUCGUCGGGUUCGAGCUGGAAGAAGCCACCUGGCGGAAAACGGAAGUUCUGGAAUGAGGUGGUGAAAGAGGACCUGAGGACAUUCGGCGUGGAUGGCCAGUUCAGGCGAGAAGUAAGGUUUCGCAGAAUAUGGAAUAGCGACGAAUGGAUUGAUUCUGUGCAAGCUCUCGCAGAAGAUCGAGAAGGUUGGGCAGAGCUGUGUUCAAGGACGGCACACCUCGACGAAGAUGCAGGAGUCCAGGAGUGGUGUUCGGGAGGACGCGUCAUUCCCGAAUAUAUUAUUAAAGCUAACGAAAAUGUAAACGUGUACAAAUUGCCCGAAGGAUUAGCAAAUGCGCAAGGAGAAGGGAAAGAUGAACGAUAUACGUACAACCAGAUGUGCGUAGUUGACGGAACAUUUACAGUUUUACACGUUGGCUAUCUACCGUUGAUAUCGUAUCAAGAAACAAUUGGGCCAAGGAUUGUCGAGUAUCCUAGGAGAAAGGAGCUUCUCUUCCCCGAAACUCCCGAAACAUUAACUGAAAUUAUCGAGCAUCUCUCCACUUGCAAUAAACCAGUCACAUCAUUUGUAUAA